GCCAUUUCCUAGACGGGUCCGCUGCCAGUCGGUGAGUUUGCAGUUACAGGAGGAGGACGGACCCAGCUGGCCUCGCCUUCUUCGGGCUAGGAUUAGCAGAAUAUAGUGUUCUCCUGUGAGGACGAUACUCAGGUGGAUGAAAGACUGUCUAGCGGGCCUGUCAGCUCGGAAAACACCGCUUGGGGUCCCCGGACAGGAGCGACUGGAGGCUUGGCUUUGCAGCAGCAUCAGCCAUGGCUUUAAAGAUCGUUAAAGGGAGCAUCGAUCGGAUGUUCGAUAAAAACCUUCAGGACUUAGUACGUGGCAUUAGGAACCACAAGGAAGAUGAGGCCAAAUACAUCUCCACAUGCAUCGAUGAGAUCAAGCAAGAACUCAAACAGGACAACAUUGCUGUCAAAGCCAACGCAGUGUGCAAGCUCACCUACUUGCAGAUGCUUGGAUAUGAUGUCAGCUGGGCUGCAUUCAAUAUUGUCGAGGUGAUGAGCUCUUCCAAAUUCACCUACAAGCGAAUUGGUUACCUGGCUGCCUCACAGUGCUUUCAUGAAGGCACUGAUGUCAUCAUGCUGACAACCAAUCAGAUUCGCAAGGAUCUCAGCAGUCCAAAUCAGUAUGAUACUGGCGUGGCUCUGACUGGCCUCUCCUGCUUUGUGACCCCUGACCUGGCCCGUGACCUAGCCAACGACAUUAUGACUUUGAUGUCUCACACUAAGCCAUACAUUAGGAAAAAGGCUGUGCUUAUCAUGUAUAAGGUGUUCCUAAAGUACCCUGAGUCUUUGCGGCCUGCCUUCCCCCGACUCAAGGAGAAACUGGAGGAUCCAGACCCAGGUGUACAGUCAGCAGCAGUUAAUGUCAUCUGUGAGUUAGCCAGAAGAAACCCCAAGAACUACCUGUCCUUGGCCCCCCUUUUCUUUAAGCUGAUGACCUCCUCCACCAAUAACUGGGUUCUCAUCAAGAUCAUCAAACUGUUUGGUGCCCUCACCCCUCUGGAGCCUCGUCUAGGGAAGAAGCUGAUUGAGCCCUUAACUAACCUCAUCCACAGUACCUCGGCCAUGUCUUUGCUGUACGAGUGUGUAAACACAGUGAUAGCAGUGUUGAUUUCUCUGUCCUCUGGGAUGCCCAAUCACAGUGCUAGCAUUCAGCUCUGUGUGCAGAAACUGCGAAUCCUGAUCGAAGACUCGGACCAGAACUUGAAGUACUUGGGUCUGCUGGCUAUGUCCAAGAUCCUUAAGACGCACCCGAAGUCUGUGCAGUCACACAAGGACCUGAUCCUGCAGUGUCUGGAUGACAAGGACGAGUCCAUCCGACUGCGUGCUCUGGAUCUUCUCUAUGGCAUGGUCUCUAAGAAGAACCUGAUGGAGAUUGUGAAGAAGCUGAUGUUGCAUGUAGAUAAGGCUGAAGGCACCACAUAUAGGGAUGAGCUGCUAACCAAGAUAAUCGACAUUUGCAGCCAGAGCAACUACCAGUACAUCACUAACUUUGAAUGGUACAUUAGCAUUCUGGUGGAGCUAACACGGCUUGAAGGCACCCGGCAUGGUCAUCUCAUUGCUUCUCAGAUGUUGGAUGUGGCCAUCCGUGUGAAGGCCAUCCGAGCAUUUGCUGUGGCUCAGAUGGCCAUGCUGUUGGAUAAUGCACACCUACUGACAGGCAACAUGCAGCGCAAUGGCAUCUGUGAGGUCCUCUAUGCUGCUGCAUGGAUCUGUGGGGAAUUCUCUGAACACCUGGAGGACCCCAUGCAGACACUAGAGGCCAUGUUGCGACCCAAAGUGGCAACCUUGCCAGGCCAUAUCCAGGCUGUGUAUGUGCAGAAUGCUGCGAAGCUGUUUUCAACAUUGCUUCAGAAACACGAGGGGACAGAAGACGGUCAGGUUUCCCAGGAGGCUAGUCAGCUGCUCAUAGACAGACUGCCUCUGUUCGUUCAGAGUGCUAACCUGGAAGUACAGGAGAGGGCAUCCUGUAUUCUACAGCUGGUGAAAUAUAUUCAGAAGCUCCAGCAGAAGGAUGUGGAAGUAGCCGAGGAGGUAUCUGCACUAUUUGCAGGAGAACUAAACCCUGUGGCUCCUAAAGCUCAGAAGAAAGUUCCUGUGCCUGAAGGACUGGAUCUGGAUGCUUGGAUCAAUGAACCUCCAUCAGAGAGCGAGUCUGAGGAUGAGAAGCCCAAGACUUUGUUUGCUAAAGAGGAGCCCAAGCACUCUCGACCUCGCCACACUGAAGUAGACGAGAAAGAGCUGGCAAGGAGAAGGGAAGCCAGGAAGCAGGAACAAGCCAACAACCCCUUCUACAUUAAAUCGUCCCCAUCCACUCAGAAGGUUUAUCAGGACAUGCCAGGUGUAGAGCACAUUCCAGUGGUACAGAUUGACCUUAGUGUGCCACUCAAAGUCCCAGGGAUGCCCAUGUCUGAUCAGUACCUGAAGCUGGAGGAGGAGCGUCGACAGAAGGAGAAAGCAGAGAAGAAGAAGAAAGAGAAAAAGAAGAAGAAAGAGAAGCGUGGGAAGGGGAAGAGAGAUGACUCUGGCCCUGAGAGUGAGGAAGAUAUCACACCUGCUCACCAGGUGGAUAUAGUCACUGAGGAGAUGCCAGAGAAUGCCUUGCCAAGUGAUGAUGAUGACAAAGAUCCUAAUGAUCCACACAAAGCCCUGGACAUCGAUUUAGACAAUCUGCUUUCUGGUGCUAACUGCAGGCCCCUGGCAGACACUGAGAAGCUGCCAGUAAGGACACACCGCCCUGAGGUUGUUAAGAGCCCUGGGACAGAUGAAGACGGAGAGAGUAUCCGACAGGAGCCUAAGAAGAGGAGCAGCAAGGAGAAGAAAGAGAAGAAGAAAGACAAGGAUAAGGACAGAAAGAAGAGCAAAGAGGAGGAGAAGAAGAAAAAGAAGAAGAAACACAAAAAUGAUGUGGAAGAUGAGCCGGUGGAGCCUCACUCAGAAAACCCAGUGCUAUCGAAAGAGGCCAGUGUGGAAGCAGCCCCACCUACCUCCACAUCUGCCGAGGCGGCCGAUUUGGAUUUCUGGCUCUCUAGUGCUCCUGUUCCCCCACCUGCCAAGGAGGCAGCGGUUCCACCACCAGCCCCAGCCCCUGAGACGAGUGUAGCUGCAGCCCCAGAUUCUGAAUCGGACGAGCCCAAAGAUGAAGAACCAGAAGAAGUGAAACCAUCUAAACAUAAGAAGAAAAAGCAGAAGAAAGAAAAGGAUGAAAAGGAGAAGAAGAAGAAAAAGCGGCAUCACCACCACCACCACCACAGUGAGGGAGAAGGGAGGGAUUCGGUACAGAACGGUACUGUGGAGGAGGAAGAGCCACUACCGCCCAUGUCAAACUACUGCCUCCUAGCUGAGAACACAUACAUUAAAAUGGUGUAUGAUAUUCAGGGAAAUUUGCAGGAUGGCAGUCAGGUUGUGGUGUCUGUCAUCUUUGAGAACAAGAGCAACAGCUUCCUGAAGUCCAUGGAGUUCAACGUGUUGGAUUCCCUCAACUCAAAACUGCAGCGGCCGGAUGGAGCUGGACCCCAUGAUGGGCUUGUUGUGCCCUUCCAGCUGCCACCAGGUGUGUCAAAUGAGGCCCGCUUCGUGUUUUCAGUGCAGAGCAUCGUCAUGCCUCAGAAGCUGAAGGGAACCCUCACCUUCAUAGUAAAGUCAGAAGAUUCCUCAACUCAUGAGAAACUGGACUUCAAACUGCACUUUACCUGCACAUCAUACCUAAUCACAACUCCAUGCUACAGUGAUGCAUACGCCAAGCUGCUAGAGUCUGGGGACUUAAAGAGCAGCUCUCUGAAGCUGGAGGGAGUCAACAUGCCUUUCCACCACCUGUUGGCUAGAAUCUGCUUCCAUCACCAUUUUUCUGUUGUGGAGAGGAUCGACUCCUGUGCCUCCAUGUAUAGCAGGUCAAUCCAGGGUCACCAUGUCUGUUUGCUGGUCAAAACCGCUGAUCAGACAGUCUCCAUUGAUGCUAAAUGUGAUGAGCCGUCACUGCUGGGGAAUGUGCUGGAAGAGAUAAAGCAGACCUUCUCACAAUGCUGAUUGUGUCUGAGAGACCAACAGUGCCCUUGACCUCCCAUUCCCAUACCCUCUUGCUGAAUCUGACACUCAAUCAUAUCACAAACACUGAGGCUGGUUUCCCCUCGUCUCUAUCUACCUUAUAUUUAUUGGAACUCUUGAUUAGAGUUAGCUUUAUCUUUUAUCCCUCUCUCUCUCUCCCUUUUUUUUUUUUCUAGUCUUCUUGUGUCAGCCUCAGUCUGGUGUUCGAUCUCACUAACCUUGCCACCCCAUUCUACUCUCCCAUUGUCUUAAAAGUCUGACUCUUCGCUUAUUACCUGGAUUUAUUUGUUGUUUAAUGUUGGUUGAGAUGUUUUUUUUUUUUUUUUUUUUUUUUGUAUUGUGUUGCAUUUUGUUUGUUGCUUUCUUUCAUUACUGUGUCUUUAUCUCUGCAUCUGUUUAAUCUUUGAAUUAAACUUGAGGUUAGUGUGUGUUCCACCCCAGUAAGUGUGUGCGUGUGUGUGCGUGUGUGUGCGUGUGUUUCUGUCUCUCAUGAAACCAGAGUACAUGUUCAUGUUCAGUACAUGAUUUUUUUUUUUUUUAGUUUUAUGCCUGAAGCCCUGCCCACCUUUCUCCUAGCCACUAACCUAAAUUUUCAUUCAAAGCCAUCACUAUACUGCCCAAGCAACAUACAUAAGCCCUGGAAACAUGGCUCCAAAAGUGCAACCUAGUGUGUGUUUUUGAUCGAAAAUCUGCUUACUUUUGCGAUCUUGUUUCAAUUCACUCACUAAUAAUCCAGUGGCUUUUUUUUUUGUUUUUUGUUUUAAAUAACAAUGACUGAUCCAGAUGCCUUUUCUUCUGUUUUCACACUGAUGGAAUAAAUCAAACACAACAUUGUUACUAUUAUGUUAGAGUUUUCCACAUUAUUGUAAAGGACCUAGCUUUACAAGUUUACUACACACUAAAAGCCGCUGUGGAGGUUUGUAUUUAAUGAACAAUAUAACUAACAUGGGAGAAUUACUUACUAAGAUCAUUACUCCUGCUUGCUGCUUGCUUAACAUCAUAACCAGAAACCAGAUCUCUUUGUUUUUAGAAGACUCCACAUGCAUUAUGAAGGAUCUUGAACUCUAACAAAUCAGUGACCAAACCAAGAGUAUCAGAUGAAAUAAUUUCCUCAGUCAGUAUUGUACUUGUAGUGGUUACUUGUAUCUCUGUGUUUAUGGUAAGCUGCAUAUCUUUCUGGGAUGUGCCCUCCAACUCCUCUCUGUCUGCAUCACCUUUACUUCCUGUGAACUGGACGAAGGCCAGACUCAUGCCUGCGUUUCUCCGUUUUCCUGCUGCUUUAUUCACUUUGGGCGAUUGUGCUGAAUUAAGUUCCCCCGAUAUUUUUCCAUUUCAUAUAACCGUUCCCUCUCUAAUAUACUGACCAAUCAAAGAAUUUGCUCAAAUGGGAUUCCUGGUUUUGUUCACCUGGUCCAGCACUCUGUAGCACACGAUUGUAACAUCCAGCUGAGACAGGUGGCUUCUCUUCGGAAAGUCCUAGAAUCAAGAUUUGUUGCACAAUUCUGUUUGAUACUAGCCAGUGGUUUAAGGCAAAAAGCUUCUAAUACAGUUGAUCGCAAAUGCUGUCCAAUAAGAUCCAGACUGUGUCCAUGUAAAUGACCAACCAGUGAGGUGUGUUUCCCCUAAAGUCUGCGCAUUUAUGUAAUCAUCAGCAUGUGAAUGCAGGUAUUGGUGGAUUAUGUCUGAAUGGAAAGUAUAAUCAAUAUGAACACAGGCUAAACCGUGACAUACAGAGACGCAACUGUAAUUAUUAUUAUUUUUAAAGAAGACAUUUUCUGUGCAAAGUUAAUUUCAAAUGAAUCUUGCAUGAGUGGAAAUUUAUAAUUAUUAUUUUUUCCUCUGUGUCUAAGGACAGGCAUACAAACCAUCCCUAGCAUUCCCUUUUUUGUUGUUGUUGUUUCCUCAUUUUCUUUUAUGUAUAAAUAUAUACAGUAUAUUAAGUGUACGUUGGCUUUAUCAUACUACACUUUGAAUUGUAUAAUGUAUUUUUAUCUGUUAAGAGUACAUACAAUUUAGAAAAAAAUCUUGGAACGGUUUUAAACCUUUAAGUUUUUCAUUAAAUUAUCCUAUUAGACAGUCAGGUUUUGUUGAUGUUAGACACUGAGAAUAGGGUGUAACCAGCACAUAAAAACAGUCCACGUACUGAUGAUGCCCCAUCCAUCCCCCCAGCCCCCCCCCCCACAACUGACAACCACCCCAGCCCGACCCUCAGCCUAGCCCAUACACCAUCUUACCCAAUCAAUUGUAGCGCAAAUCUUGCUGGAUUUUGCUUGUAUCACUCAAUGUACUCUCAGUGCUCUUCGUUGGAAGGUACUGACUCCUUCAACUAUGUAUUUUCUGACUGUAUGAUGUAAUAUAAUGUUUCAAGAAUAAAUGAGAAUGACCAGUGAUUUGCUAUUUACAUUCCCUUUAAUUGAGAGGUUUACCCAGCAGAAUUAUGAUAGAUGUAGGCUGCUGUAGUUUUCUUUUGUUGUGUGAAAGUGGUGUACCAAUAAAUUCCCACUUCUGAA